UAAGGUGUGUAAGUUUCCUGAUCAGGAUUCAACACAGGACACAAUCUCCAGUUUGAAGCGUUUGCAGUUUUCCUUCAAGGAGCUAAAACCACAGCAGGCAAAGUUCAUGGCUUCCUCCAGCAGUGUCCUGUGUGAAGAUCAGCUCCAGUGUCCCAUCUGUCUGGAUGUGUUCACUGAUCCAGUCUCUACUCCGUGUGGACACAACUACUGUAUGAUCUGUCUCAAAGAGUUCUGGGACAGCAGUUCACACUGCCAGUGUCCAGUGUGUAAGGAGGAAUUCCCUAAACGUCCUGAACUACGUGUCAAUACGUUCAUCUCUGCACUUGCUGCUCCAUUUAAGAAGUCAGUUCAGGUGAAAUCCAGCACUGCUACAGAAAAUCCCACCCAAUCUCAGGUGCUCUGUGAGGUCUGCUGUGAGACAAAAUGUGCAGCUGUGAAGUCCUGCCUGAUCUGUAUGGCCUCUUACUGCAAGCCUCACCUGGAACCUCAUGAAAGAGUUUCUUCAUUAAAGAAACACAAACUGAUCGACCCUGUGGAGAACCUGGAGGACUACAUCUGUCAGAAACAUGAGAGACCCCUGGAGCUGUUCUGUAAAGACGACCAGACGUGUGUGUGUCAGUUCUGUACUGAGACAGAGCACAAAACUCACAACACUGUUCCUCUAGAGGAGGAGAGCAGAGAGAAGAAGAUUCAGUUGGGAAAAACACAAGUAGAAGUUCAGCAGAUGAUCCAGGAGCGACUGAAGAAGAUUGAGGAAAUCAAACACUCUGUAAAACUCAGUGAUAAAACGACAGAGAAGGAGAAAACAGACUUUGUGGAGAUCUUCAGUAAUCUGAUGAGCUGCAUUGAGAGAAGCCAGGCUGAGCUGUUUAAGGUGAUGGAGGAGAAGCAGAAAGCAGCAGAGAGGCAGGCUGAAGAGUUCAUUAAAGAGCUGGAGCAGGAAAUCACUGAGCUAAAGAGGAGAAACACUGAGCUGGAGCAGCUCUCACACACUGAGGAUCACCUCCACCUCCUACAGAUUUACCCGUCACUGUGCAGCCCUCCACACACCCAGGACUGGACUGAUCUCACAAUUAACACUCAUCUGAAUGUGGAGACUCUGAUGAGAGCUCUGUCUCAGCUUCAGGAAACUCUCAGAGAGGAAAUGGAUAAGCUUCACAAGAUCAAACUGAAGAGAAUUCAACAAUAUACAGUGGAUGUGACUCUGGAUCCUGAUACAGCUCAUCCUAAUCUCAUCCUGUCUGAUGAUGGGAAACAAGUUACAUUUAGAGACAAGAGACAGAAAGUCCCUGAUAAUCCAGAGAGGUUUAAUUGUUUUUAUAAUGUAUUUGCAAAGGAAGGAUUCACCUCAGGGAGAUUGUACUAUGAGGUGCAGGUCAGAGGGAAGACUGAGUGGUAUUUAGGAGUGGUCAGAGAGUCUAUUAACAGGAAAGGAAAGAUUACAGUCAGGGCUGAGAAUGGAUAUUGGUGUGUGUCUCUUAUGAAUAAGACUGAAUAUUUGGUUCAGGACUCUCCUCCUGUCUCACUCUCUUCGAAACAGGCUCCUCAGAAUGUGGGGGUGUUUGUGGAUUAUGAGGAGGGUUUGAUCUCCUUCUAUGAUGUUGAUACAAAUUCUCAUAUCUACUCUUUCACUGGUCAGACUUUCACUGAGAAACUUUAUCCGAUAUUUAACCCCGGUGAUAGUGAUUCAGCACCACUGAUCAUUUGUCCUGUCAUUUGUUAAAAUUUAAUAUACUUUUUUUAAAACCUUUUUAUUUCUCAAUAAAUUAUAGUGUUAGUAUUCUGAGGUAUUUACUUCAUUCAUUCAUUCAUCUUCUACCGCUUAUCCGAACUACCUCGGGUCACGGGGGGCCUGUGCCUAUCUCAGGCGUCAUCGGGCAUCAAGGCAGGAUACACCCUGGACGGAGUGCCAACCCAUCGCAGGGCACACACACACUCUCAUUCACUCACGCAAUCACACACUAGGGACAAUUUUCCAGAGAUGCCAAUCAACCUACCAUGCAUGUCUUUGGACCGGGGGAGGAAACCGGAGUACCCGGAGGAAACCCCCGAGGCGCGGGGAGAACAUGCAAACUCCACACACACACAAGGCGGAGGCGGGAAUCGAACCCCGACCCUGGAGGUGUGAGGCGAACGUGCUAAACACUAAGCCACCGUGCCCCCCGAGUCAAAUUUCAUUUACUUUAAUCAUUUUCCUUCCCCUUCUGUGUUAGUUUUAAGGUUAUAAUACUAAUACAGCUGUUGUAUGGAUGUGUUUAUUUGUAAAGUGAUUUCUUCUUUAGGCUUUUAUGUUUAGUUAUGUUGCUGCGGUAUACAUCAUUAUGUUUACUGCAUAACUUUACAAUUUUUACAAGUGUCCGAUCCUGCUACUAAACUGUGGUGUGGUGGAUACAUUAUUACUACUCAUUACAAUAUAAGAAAUAAACUGUAAUUUAUUUUUAUGAUA